AUGACAUCCGCAUCCGCCAAGGCCCAGCAGUACAUUGACAACAAUGCUGUUGUUGUCUUCUCCAAGUCCUACUGCCCCUACUGCAGUGCGACCAAGUCGCUCUUGAGCAGCCUUGACGCCAAACCCACCGUGCUCGAGCUCGACCAGCUCGAGGAUGGCAGCGACCUCCAGGAAGCACUCCAGGAGAUCAGUGGCCAGCGCACCGUGCCUAACGUCUACAUUAAGCAGAAGCACAUUGGUGGCAAUUCGAAUGUCCAGGCCCUCCAGUCCAGCGGCCAGCUCAAGGCUUUGCUCCAGGAGGCUGGCGCCAUCCAGGCGUAA